UCGGGAGGCAUCUUUCCCCUUCCAUUUCCUUGCUAAAUAAAGGAAGUAAGCAACUAAAGGAAAGCCAACUUGCAGACCACCAACAGAAGAAGACUCCCCCUCUCCCCCUUCCAAUAAUCUGCCUAUCUGGGAAACCUCGGAGCUUUCUCCUUCCAGAGCUCCGGGGCUCCGGCUAGCUAGCUAGAUCCACCAGCUUAUCUGUCUCCAUCGACUCCUUGCCCUGCACCUGCAAGACCGGCCGGAUGGGGCGGGGAAAGAUAGUGAUCCGGCGGAUCGACAACUCCACGAGCCGGCAGGUGACGUUCUCGAAGCGGCGGAACGGGAUCUUCAAGAAGGCCAAGGAACUGGGCAUCCUGUGUGAUGCCGAGGUCGGUCUUGUCAUCUUCUCCAGCACCGGCCGCCUCUAUGAGUACUCCAGCAGCAGCAUGAAGUCAGUGAUAGAUCGAUAUGGCCGAGCCAAGGAGGAGCAGCAGCCUGUUACAAACCCCAACUCGGAGCUUAAGGAUGAUCAAUCAUAUAUGUGAGCCCAAGCGAGAUCCCUCCGUGGAUGAAUCGGUUCGGUGUUAGGUGAAAACAGUAUUCCCCCAAUGGAUAACACAAUGUGACGAAGAGAGACUACUUGCCUCCUGACCAGUUGACAAAUGUUGUUCUUGCAACUAGAUGUCUAAUUGAUUGGCUCAUCAUGAUGACAAAAACGACAUUGUGUACUGCCCGACAAAUUUCUCCUUUUAAGAUAUCUUUGGUUAAAAUGACCCAAUAUGUUGUUGAAACCAAAAAAAAUUGUGGUACUUUGAGCUUUCAUACUUGGCGAUUCGUAAUAGACUAAUAGUAGCAUCACUAUGGAGCAAAUUAAGCGAGGUACAUCAACUUGGCCGAGAACUGCCCAACUUGAUGCUCAGGCGGAAGAGGGAUUCCAUCAAACCAAUUAAGAAACUCUAGCCAGGCGUGAAGUCUUACCUUAGGAAGAUCUCUCUGCAAAAAUAUAUUUAUUAAGGAACUACCCAAAAAGCUUUGUAGUCUACCAUGCUUGUUACGCACAAUAUUGAAGAUGUUAGGCUACUGGUCCCGGUGGGGUAUGACCCAACCAUAUAUCCUCUCAAAACUUUAUGCGCGUACCAUUUUUAAUAAGGGGGGUGGCAAAUCUGAACCAAAUGAUAGUUGACCUUUAUAAAGCGAGCAUCACCAUGUCACCAUUUCGGCUGGGACAAUGCCUUGGACCCAACAUAUUUAUUCCGAAGAAAGGUUUGCCCCAUCCCAUUCUCAGUAAGAAACCGAAAUGGCCACUUACUAACCAAGGUGAUAUUUUAGCAUCUAGAUCAUGGAUAAAUAAUAUGUACACCACCCAGCCAGACGAUAUUUCUUAUUUUCGCCAUCAUUAAGGCCCAAAAAGCUUCGAUGAUAAUUGAGAGCAGCACACCCUGUGUGGUUUCAAAAAAGGAGGCCACGAGCAUGGUCAUAUUUUGAGAGAAAUUUGAGUUUCCAAUCAAAUGUCUUUCAAGUCUUUCCUUGACGCUCAUUUCCAUUUGACAUUAUGGAGCAGCCAAUAAUGAAUAGGGAUCCUAGAUAGUGGGGAGUGAACUGACCAAACCUACAACCAAAUAGCUUAGUAUACUGUGACUUGAAGGCUUGUGCUUUGCAAAAGCAAAAGAGCUCGUUUUUUGUGGAACUCGGGAGCUGCUGAAGAGCACACAAGAAGAGCUUUGAAUUGUUAGCUUUACCAAAUCAUGUCCAUAACCAAAAUCGUAUCGUCAGGAAUACUCCGAGAGACCAUCAUUAACAAAAUGUAGCACCAUCUGUGAAUGCUGACCAUCAACUUGGGCUCUCUCUAUCAGGAUUGCCAACAUAUCUGAGACAACAUUGAGCGGAAUACGUGAGACAGGAUCACACUGACAUAAGCCAUUCUUUGAUUUAAAAUAGUGGCCUCCUACAUCGUUUUAACCUUAAUAACCUCCCAACCCCCGCCCCCAGUACAAAGUUUCCAAUGAAGCACACCACUUGGUCGAAAAUCCUUUCAUCUGAAGAGUUCUGCAACUAAGAAUGCCACUUAACCUCAUUAUAAGCUUGAUUCUUCAAAAUCUACCUUGAAGAUCAACCCACUCAAAUUUUUCCCGUGGAUAGUCUCAUGCAACAUUAAAUCCUUUAUUAGCCACCAUACAGUCAAGAAUCAACCACCACACGAAUAUUUUGACCCUCCGUAAAAGCAGUCUGCGUUGGCCAGACCACAUGGUCAGCCACAACAUUAAAUCUUUUAUUUGUCACUUUAAUGAACAUCUCAAACAAACGUUCAAAAGGCAAUAGAUGCUAGCUGCUGUAUCAGCCCCUCUGAUGUACUGCGGAGUGCCUCUAGAUCAUUGGUAUGGGCUCACAGCUGGAAGGGCCACGUGUCAAUGAUCCAAAGGCACUCUGUAGUGCGUCAAAGACAGCGUUGCUGUAUAGCUUGGCAUCCUAAAUUUUUAAAAAUAGGACAGUCUCACCAAAAUUCAGCCUAAAUAGGUGUAGAUUCCCAACAUGCAACUCAUUAAACAAAGGCAUUAUCAUCCUUAAUGACAUCCCCGAACACAUUGUAGAACUCAAAUCGGGAAUUCAUUUGGUCCUGGUGAUUUAUGUCCUGGUGAUUUAUGUUCCAUUUCGAACAUAUUUCUCUCACCUCGCUCCUCACAAAUAGGGGAAGUCAGAGAUCAUUCUGGACCGCCGGGACCGAGGGAUAUCAUCUCGCCAAUGCUCAUCAAGAACGACAUUGGUACCCACAGGAGGACCAAAGAGUCUUGUAGACAUAGGUGCCGUAACCUCUAUCACACUCUUAUCCUGAUGAAUGUUAGAUUUCCGAUCUUCCUAUCACGACCGUUAGCAACCUUGUGAAAAUAACCGGUGUUACUAUCCGCAGCAUGGACUUCUUGUGCCACUUCAAAUCUUCUUUCUCGCAUUAACUAAGCAAUAUGCUCAUUGGUUUGAGUCUUGGCAUCAAUUUCCUUAUUUCUCUGACCUUACCAAUCAAAUCAAGUUCGUCAACGACGGUCAGUUGCUAACCACAUGGAUGAGAAUUCGACAGUAACCAAUCCGAGCUGGAUGGCAUGGAUAUUAUGCCAUCUUCACAUCAUCAGCUAACAUCGUUAACUUGCAACGGGGCAUUGACAAUUCCGAACUAACGAAUCUUAAAUAUUAUAGACUAGCAGACUCCGAAUAAAACUCUUGACAGAGAUAAACUCUUCUGGUCAAAUCUAAGUCUGGAACUCUGACAAGAAUAAACUGGCAGCUGUGCUCCUGAUAAAACUAAUUUGCGGGUCAGGCUGGGGUGGAGCUUCUUCAACCUGCCCAACAAGCUUAUUAUUGGAGUAGAUCAGUCCAAGCAUGUCAUAGGGUAAACUAAGAUCAUCUAGGUAGAAAUACACUAUCUUGGCUACAACACCUUUCGAAUUCCAUAUUCAAAUGGCCCAUCCAAUCAAACAGGAAACUGAACAUCAGAAAAACCCAGCAAGAUAGCGUAUUUCUACCUAGACAGUUACUUCUAUCCAGAUGAUUUAAAUUAAAUAAAAUUUCUUCAGUUACAGAACAACAAAACAACUUUUUAUAUGCUCAGGAGAGAGUAAAACCCCUCCAGUUCCAUUGCAUAUAGCAACAAACCCAAACAAACAGAAUUCAGUUUUGGCAGGUCCCAGCAGCAAAGACAAGCUUAAACAGAACCAACAGAGCACUCA